AAGCUGCGCAUCCUGGGCAAGGAGGAGGGAACUAUCCCGACGGCCGUCUGAGGCCACCGAAGGCAGGGAGUAAACCAAGAAGAGCGUGGUUCUGUUUUCCUUGCUCCACUCAUCUGUCCUCCGGAGAGCAAUGGGCAGAUUCCUACGGUCUCCUGCACUGGUGGGCCUGGUGCUGGUGAUGCUUUCGGCAGGACAUUGCAAAGAGAGAUCCGAAUCCAGCGCAGGGCUGAAGGAAAGACAAAACCUCUUAAACCUGAUCAUGGAGAUCAUUCAGGAACUGAAAAAAUACCACCUGGAGGACGAGGAGGAGAACGGAGUUCAGUACAAACAAGACUAUCUUUUGGACCGAAGGGAAGUACCCGAUUACGUGUACUCGGAAGAACAGAGAGUUGAAAUAGUUCCUAGAGAUCUGAGAAUGAAAGACAAGUUUUUAAACCAUUUAACAGGUCAUCUUUAUUUUGGUCCAAAAUGCACUAAACACUUUCAUAGACUUUACCACCAUACAAGAGACUGUACCAUUCCUGCAUACUAUAAAAGAUGUGCCAGGCUUCUUACUCGGUUGGCAGUCAGUCCAAUGUGCAUGGAAGGAUAAGAUGCUACUAUCAAAGGAAUAAUAAUAAUAAUAAUCAAGAGAAGUGCCUUGGAAACCAACAGGGAAAUUGAACCUAACAUCUUUGUAACAUAUUCCAUUGUGAACAAGAGAUUUAUUUUUGCAAGUUGAUGGACUACUUCCCAUAAAACUUUAAACAUGUGUUUUGUAUACUGUCACCACUGUUUACAGAUACACAUUCUUUAUGGUAACCCCCCCCCCCCACACACACACACCAAAACAACAUAAAUGUUUCAUACUUUAAAGCCUCCCGCCAUCAGACGUGUUGCAUUGCCAAAAAAAAUCCAAAGAGUUACCAACUUUUCAAGUACUAACAUGUUUCAUUCCGGGACGUCACGGGACAAUGUCAAGGAAGCCUUCUUGUGGGGAAGGUAUCACUUGAUGUCUUUCUUGCUUAUGCAAUUCAAAGUGUUUAGUUACAGACUUUUCAUAAAUCUCUUACAUUGUACUGAGAGUGCAAACUGCAUGCCAUGUGUAAGAGAUGAACAUGCUUAAGUAGAUUUGGAUUCCGUAUCCACUCUAAAAUGCCAUCUGUUUUCUGUACAAUAGAAGCAUAAACAU